AUGAUGCAGGGUAAACAUCUACCCAAAAGAUACUGGGCCGAAGCUGUCCACACGGCAGUAUAUAUCCUCAAUAGAUCUCCCACAAAAGCAGUUAAGGAUUUAACGCCAUAUGAAGCUUGGCACAAGAGAAAGCCAAGAGUAGAACACCUCAAAGUGUUUGGAUGUGUAGCUUAUGCCCACAUCCCGAAGGAGAAUCGGAAAAAGCUCGAUAAGAAGGGAGAAAAAUGCAUAUUCAUUGGAUACAGUCAUGAAACAAAAGGAUAUCGUCUUUACAAGCCUGAAUCUAAACAAUUAAUCAUCUCUAGAGGCACUAAAUUAGAGCUUCGAGUAGGUCCAAGUAUUGAUUAUAUGGAGAAAUCUGCUACUAAUAAUAGUGGAGGAGAAAAUUUGGAGAGACAAUAUGAGAAUAAUCAUACUGAUGAGGGCUUUAAAGACGUUCCAGACAACUCUACCGACAACGAGAAAAUGAAUCAGCAAAUGAGACCGUUAUUGGCUCUAAGUUUGAAUCUGUCUCAUAAUCAGCUUUUCGGAUCAAUUCCUUCUGCUCUCGGGUCUUUGCCUGAGCUCGAUAAUCUUGAUUUGUCGGAUAAUCAGCCAUGGAAGCUUCAUAAAAUGAAGAAGAAGGUGGGUUUAAAGAAUCACGUGAAUAUCACAGAUGAUGAGCAAACAAAUAAAAUCUACAUUAGAGAGGAUCAUGAAAUAAAUAUAGGGAACAAGAAUUAUAUAUCAACUGGUAUGCAAACGGUCAUAAAUGCUGAAGAGCCUCAUCAAGAAAUCAAGAAAAAAGCUCGAGUGUGCAUUCGAGUUUCCACAAAAGAAAAUAUGAUAAGUGAUGGAUGUCAUUGGAGGAAAUAUGGUCAAAAAAUAGCAAAAGGAAAUCCAUAUCCACGAGCAUACUAUCGUUGUAGCAUGGGAACUUCUUGCCCCGUUCGUAAACAGAUACAAAGAUGUCAAGAAGACAAAAGCAUUCUUAUGACAACGUAUGAGGGACAUCACAACCAUCAGUUACCUGCCGCUGCUCAACCCAUGGCUAAUACAAUAUCAUCUGCAAUCUCAAUGCUAUUUAGUGGCGAAAACGCGCCAAGUUCAAUCGAUCAAUUUUUUGCCCCAACCAUAUUCUCACACACUCCCGGCCUACCAAGCGUAGCCACAAUCUCGGCAUCGACUCCACAUCCUACUAUUACAUUAGACUUCACUAAACAAGUAAACUCGCAAUCGAAAACACAAGAUAGUAUGAGCUUGAUGAAAUUUAUGCAACAACUCUUAGGCCAAAGUCCCCAAGGUAAUAGUAAUUUGCCUAUUGUUGACCUAAUAAGUGUUAUUAAGAUGGCUUUGGAAUCAGAUCCCAAUUUAAUCUCCGUAUUAGCAUCAAGCAUUGCCUCGACAAUUAAGGCACAUUUUGAAGGUAAAAAAGAAGAUAGUAUGGGGGAUAUUAGUGAGAAUGCUAUGGGUGAGAAUUAG